AUGUACGGCGCGGCCCUUGGUCUUGUCGUCGCGCUUGGUUGUGUCCAGCUAGUUUUUCAGGUGGAGGAAGACCCUGCGGCUCACCUCCCACAGCCUGUAACGGUCCAUUUUAACCGUGUUGUUCGCAACCUGCUCCACCUUCCCCAGCCUGAGGGUGCACCUUCGCAAGUAGAGCUGCACCGUGGAGAGGCCUGCCUGAUGCGUGACCCUGCAACACACCCCAAUCUGCAGUCGAUGAGGAACUCGAAUAUCCCGUCCGCGUCUGAGGUAGUUCACCAGCGCAACGCGCUGGUCCCGCCGCGUUCUCGCAGUCAGUGGACACAGUAUGUGGGAGCACUAGCGUCGCUGGAGCGAACAAAAGCUUAA